GUAAAGUAGAGAUCUAAGUUCUAAAGGAAAGCAUGAUAAUGAACUGCGAUACCUAACCUUACAAAUAUGGAACCAAGUGAUUUACACGCUCAGCCAGAAAUAAAUGAAUUUUAUAAGUGCCCCUACAACAGUUGUGGUAAACAGUUUCGACGAAAGGACAGAUUAGAAAUUCAUGCUAGGUCCCAUACAGGAGAGAAACCUUUUGUGUGCGCUUAUGAAGGCUGUGAGAAAUCCUAUGCCAGAGCACAGCAUCUUUCACGACACACCAAAAGAACUCAUGACAGCAACUACAAGGAAAGUUUAAAGCUAGAAUGUACAGAGUGCCAUCUACUGCUAGCAAAUCAAACUAGUUUGAGCAAUCACAGGGAAAGAGCUCAUAACAUUUCAUCAAAAAGAAAAUUAUUUGAGUGUACUGAAGAAAAUUGCACAGAAAAAUUCCACAAGAAAAAACAACUGGUCGUUCAUAAGUUGACACACUGCCCCCAGUUAGUACUAGCCAAUAAAUGUCACAGAUGUACUUAUGAAGGAUGCAGUAAAACCUUCAGCUUUCCUAAUAAAUUAAAGCAUCAUUUGAAAACACAUGAAGGUUAUCCUUGCAAUGUUCAAGAAUGUAGUCGAGUUUUUCCUAAUUGGUCUGCAUUAAGAAAACACAAAGCAGCGGAUCAUUCUCAAGUGCCCACGUGUACCAUAUGCCAAGCUACCUUCAAACAGAAGUCUAACUUGACGCAACACAUUAAAAUACAUGCUACAACCAGGGAACCAUUGAUGUGCCCUAUAGAGAACUGUGGCAGAAUUUUUUUUUACAAGAAGAAUGUUCAGCAGCAUAUCCAAGAGUACCAUGAAGGCAUUAAUAUAUGGAAGUCUAGGAAACAGCGCAAAUCAAUUGGAACUCAAAAGAAACGUAAAGUCCCCAAGAAAAAGCCUUUAGCAGUUCUAUUGACGGGAGUGGAUGAAACUGAUCUGAAUAGCUUGAACAUAAAAGAAUCAAUGGCAGCUAAAGAAGUAGCUGUACAGGAAAAAACAACCAAGACAUCUUUAAAAGAUGAUUUGAGCUAUGAAAAUGAAACUGGUGAUAUAUCUGUGAUAGGUGACAGUAGUACUGACAACUUACUUAAGGUACCCAACCAUUUAACCUCAGCAUGUAAUGACUUAGACACAUCUAGUAGUUGUGUAUUACAAAAUGAAAGAUAUAUAUUUAUGGUAGAUACUAUGGAAAUAGUUAGCUAGAUACUGUAUCAAUGUAGGUUUGCCAAUUUGUUGAAUGUUGAUUUGGUUUCUAGUCUUCCUGUUCGGUUAAUACUUGCACAGUAUAAAUUGUGUGAAUGUCUGCAUUGGUUUUUGCAAUAAUCUUUAUGCUGUCUUGAUAUUUUAAUAGUGUAACAGUGUGCUGUAAGCCACAAUAUUUUAGUUGUUUUAAUAAGUUUAUUGUUGUUUUUGUUUUCUGUAUUGAAUGAAAUAAAGACAAAUAGUCUUUAAAUGAGAAUAUCUUGUAUCUAUUAUCUUUUUAAUUGGAUAUUGAGAUGUAUGUCUUAAUUUAACACUUCUUUGAAGAUGGGAUCUGUGUUCUUAUCUGUCCCUUGACAUUCCCCCUUUCAUUGUAACUUGAAGUAAGACUUUAGACAGUGAGUCAUUGUCUUACAAUAUGACCUCACCACCUCAGCUUUCGCCUCUUCACAGUAUUGAGGAGUUCCUCCUUUUUGCCAGUCAGAGUGUUCCCUUGUAACUCAAUUGUUUUCUUUUCUUGGUAUCUGAUACCCAUCAUUUUUCUGUAGCAUUUACUCUCAUUUACUCUUCUCUCGGUCACAGCAUUCAAUGUCCAACUUCCACAACCAUGUAGAAUUAGAGAUUACAAGCGAAAAACAAAGCUUUAAUUUUACUGGAAAGCUGAUGUUACUCUUUCAGAUUUUCUCAUUGCAGCAGUUGUCUAGCUUAAACAGGGUUUUAUCUAAUUUUAUUGAUGCUCCAUCUUUUGAAGUAAGUUAUUGUAUCUGGUCUGCAUUUUUCCGUGUUAAUAUAUGUAAAAUCUUAAUCUAUUUUCAAAUAACACUAUGCAUUACUGUAAAACUGAGAUUAUGUUUACAAUAAAGUUUUUUUUUGUAUGUACAACAAAUCAAAGGAUUUAUUUUCAUACUCUUUGUGUUAUGUCAUUUUAUAAAGAAUUUUUUUUUCUCAAAAUAUAUUUUAAACGUUCAUAUCUUUAAGACUUUUGAAAUUAAAAUUCAUUGUAAUCA